AUGUGGCAAAGCAAUAGUUUCCAGUAUGAAAAUACUCCAUCUAAAAAACGUGGGAGAAAGUCUAGGUCUCCUGGAGCUACAGAAGCUUCCUACUCUUUCAAAACUGUUAUGUCAUUCAUUGGCCAAGAACAAAUACCAGAUGAUCAAAAUACCGCAUCAAUUAAUUCUUAUGAGCCCUCUCUUAGAACAACUGAAGCACAAAAUAAUGAUUCUUUAAUCAUUAAUCCAUAUCAAAAUAUCACAUUAUCCUCUACUAUUCAUUUAAACGAAACCUCUUUUGUUGAAACUCCUCCCAAUAUCUACCCAUACAAGGCUGCUGAAAUAUUCCCAAAUAUGUUUCCUGAAAAACCAGCGCAAGAUAAUGACCUUUUAAUCAUUAAUUCAUAUCAAAAUAUCACAUUAUCCUCUACUAGCCAUUUUAACGAUUCCUCUUCUCUUAGCAUCCAUCCCUGCGGAGCUGUUGAAGCAUCACAAAAUGCUUUCCUUUUCAUUCACGAAGGACCAACACAAAAUAAUGAUCCAUUAAUCAUUAAUCUAUAUAAAAUAUCACUCCAUUCUUUAUUAGUUAUUCAAAUAAUUUUUUCUCUUUAG